UGUAUUGUAACGUAAUAUGUGAUGAAUGACUGAUACAAGUGUUUCCUUUUCCGUCAAAGUCUUGACUAAACGUGUAGUUUGUGUUGAAUUUGUUGUCAUUUAUUUGAUUUGAUUCAUAGGUUUGCCAACAGAUCAGAUCAAUGGCCGUCGGAAAGAAUAAAGGUUUGGCCAAAGGCGGCAAAAAAGGUAUCAAAAAGAAAAUUGUGGAUCCAUUUACUCGUAAAGAGUGGUACGAUGUCAAGAGUCCGUCAAUGUUUUCGGUGAGAAACGUCGGCAAAACUCUGGUCAACAAAACACAGGGAACCAGAAUUGCUUCCGAAGGUCUUAAGGGACGAGUCUUCGAGUGUUCGUUGGCUGACUUGCAGAACGAUGAGAUCGCAUACAAGAAGUUUCGAUUGAUUGCAGAAGAAGUUCAGGGAAGGAUAGUGUUGACCAACUUUCAUGGUAUGGAUCUAACGACCGAUAAGUUAAGAUCAAUGGUUAAAAAGUGGCAAACUUUGAUUGAGGCCAACGUUGAUGUCCGUACUACUGAUGGAUACUUAUUGCGAGUGUUUGCCAUCGGUUUCACCAGAAAAUGGCAAAACCAAGUGAAGAAGACAUCAUACGCUCAACACACGCAAGUCAUACAAAUCCGUAAACGUAUGACUGAUAUCAUCACACGCGAGGUUCAGAACAGCGACCUUAAAGAGGUUGUCAACAAAUUGAUUCCCGACUCUAUUGCUAAAGAUAUUGAAAAGACCUGUCAAUCAAUAUAUCCAUUGCAUGACGUUAUGAUCCGCAAAGUGAAAGUUUUGAAGAAACCGAAGUUUGAUUUGGGAAAACUUCUUGAAAUACACGGCGAAGGCAAAGGAACGACCACUACAACUGCUGUUCCCGGAGAAGAACCCAUGAAAGUGGAUAGACCUGAGGGAUAUGAACCUCCUGUUCAAGAGUCGGUUUAAUUUAUAUUACUGACUAAUAAUAUGUAUUUGAAAUGUGGUCUGAAAUUUAAUAAAUGGUUUUGAAUUAAUUUUUGUCACUUUUUG